AUGGCGGCGGGCCGGGCGCUGGCCGCGCUCCUGGCCGCGCUCCUGGCCGCGCUCCUGGUCGCCUCGGCGCAGCUAUUCCCGCGGGAAGUUUCCUUUACAAUCGCUCUUCAUAAAGCGGACAACACCACAGUUAUGAUUAAACUGAAACCUGGUCUUUCACCAAGCUGUCGAAUCCGCAUGAAAAAUGUCAUCAGAUCUGAACUCAAUAUAAAGGCUGGGGAGAAUGUGACUUUUACCUUCACCUGUAGUACUCCAGAGAAGUAUUUCAUCAUGGAAAUUCAGAAAAAUAUUGACUGUGUGUCAGGCCUGUGUCCCUUUGGAGAUGUUCAUCUUUACCCACUGGGGCUACCUCGCCUUAACAGGACUUAUAUCUGGGAUGUGAAGGCAAGUACAAAAGCCGGACUUGAACUAAAAUUUUCUACCUCAUGGCUAAGACAGAUUGAACCAGGAAAGACGUGCCCAGACUCUGUUAGCUACAAUAUCAGCAGCUGUAUUGAUAAGGCCAUGGUCAACAUUGGCACCUUCUGCAGGAAUGGCUCUGUGUCUCGCAUCAAGCUGCUGGGAGGAGUUGUCAUGUCCCUGCACCUCCCGUGGCACUUACCUUUCACCACCUCAGGCUUCAACAUAGCCAACAGGGCUUCCAUAAAACGGUUAUGCAUCAUUGAAUCCAUUUUGAAGGGGGAGUCUUCAAUCACCCUAAUGUCCCCUAACUACCCACUGGGCUUUCCAGAAGAUGAGCUCAUGACGUGGCAGUUUGUUAUUCCUUCCAACAUGAGAGCAAGCAUGUUCUUCCACAACUACAGCCUCUCCAACUGCGAAAGGAAGGAGGAGAGGGUGGAGUACUACAUCCCUGGCUCCCCCAGCAACCCAGAGGUGUUCAAGCUGAGUGACAGCCAACCUGCCAAUAUUGCUGGCAGUUUCAAUAUGUCCCUGCAGGGCUGUGAUCAGGAUGCCCAGAACCCGGGCAUUCUUCGUCUGCUCUUCCAAGUUGUUGUUCAGCACCCGCAGGUUGAUGAGAAUGUCACACAUUUGGUCGACCUGAGCAAGGAGAAGAACAUGACUGUGACACUACACCCUGAAGGGUGGCCCAGCCGCAUCCCUCUCAUGUCUGAACCCAUAUGCCUGAUAUGCAAAGAUCCUCGCACCUGUGACCGUGUCUUGACUUUAACCUCUGGUGCUGUCUACAGAAUCUCCUUUCUGUGCAAGGACUUGUCCCAGCUGAGGAUCACGGCUGAAAAAGGCAUAGGCUGUAUGGAUAUUCGUUGGUGUCAGAGGAAGAUCUAUUCCCUUUCAGUGCCCAAGGCUAUUACCCGAUUGUCAAUUCGACUGCAUAAGUUUAUUUGGAAGCUCUUGGCUACUGAUAUGAUCAAUGUAGAAAUUAAGUCUCCGUCCUUGAAACUUCAACAUUCCACAGCGGGGAGGUGCAAUGCGAGCUACCGUUACAGCAUUGUUAGUGCCACCUCAGAGACAGAGCUGAAUGUUGGUGAAUUCUGUCCUGGUGGAUCUAUUGAAAAGAUUCAGAUGAGGAAUAAUAUCACCAUAGCCUUAAAAACAUUUGGUAAAGGAUUCAUCAAUGAGUCUCUCCCUCAGGAUUUGAAAAUGUCUUUUGUGCCACAUAUUAAAGAUGAGUGCACAUUCACUGUGAGUCCAAAUCCAAAAACUGAAGUUUGCUUGCAGGCUCCCAACUGGCCUUACGGUUUACCUCCUUCUGUUUCCAUAUCCUGGUUCAUCAUUGUGCCUAGCAAGCAAACUGCCCGCCUUGAGUUCUCCAAGGACCGCAUGGGCGUUGCCUGUGAGACGGGCCGUGCCUUUGUCAACAUAAAGGAAGAGACUCUGGGAGCAGAGGAGAUCGUGUGCCGUGAGGAUGAGCUCCUGCCCCAGCCCCGAAAUAUGCACCACAACUUCUGGGUGAAUGUCUCUAACUGUAAACCUGUGGAUAAGACACGACUGACCUUGCAGUUCCAGGUGACUUUUGCUGACAAGCCAGUAGACCUUGGAAUCAUACUUGGUGUGGUGGCUGGGGCUGGAGUUCUCACAGCGAUUGGACUGACUGUGUACUGUGUUAAGAAGAAGAAGAAGAAAACCCAGAAUCCCAUGGUGGGAGUGUACAAUGCUAAUGUGAAUACCCAGAUGCCUGGAAAAAAAGGCUUAUUGGGAAAAGGGAGGCAAAACAAUGAGUCUCAUGUCUAUGCUGUUAUUGAUGAUGCUGUGGUCUAUGGACACUUGCUGAAGGAGUCCAAUGGCUCAGUUGCUCCAGAAGUCGAUGUGUACCGGCCUUUUGAUGGACCCAUUGGUAGCUUGCCACCUUCUCCACCUCCAUUCUCAUUCAGAAAAGACAUUAAGUGCUCUUCUAACACCGAAGAGGAACCUCCGUCCCUGAUGGACACAGACCAAGACACUUACACAUUUGCUCAUCAGAAAGCAGGGCAGUCAGAUGGAGCUGCAAAUAAAAAGGCUAAGGGAGAUACAAGUGUCCCCUUGCUGGAAAAUAAGGAACAGGAUGGUUUAGUGGAGUAAUUUUAUGCCAGGUACAGCAGUUCCCUGUGGAAACACAGGUAUAAGGACAGUGGCCUAGGAGAAAAAAGUACUGAAGAGGAGCGUUAUUUUUAAAUAUGUUUUUAUCUUGUUUUGUUUCGUGUGUGUGUUUUUAGUUGUUUUUUCAUCCUUUUUUUUUUUAAACUUCAGCUGUUGAUAGCUUUCAGUUUUGAAGUGAACACCUAGCAAACUCAAUACCAGUCAGGACUCUCCAGGACUGGUUGUGAAACAGGUGCCAAAGAUGUGCUUCUGCUUUUUACUAUAAGGGCAUCAGGAAAGUUAAUUCCUAACUACCAUCUUAAAACUGGCCACUGAUAGUAGGGAGAGUGUUAUGUCCAGUAUUUCCUUCUCUCACAAGCCAUUACAUGUCUGAGUGUUGGUUGGUGACUCUUAGAAGAUGCAGACUGCAUCACUAUCUCAAGGCAGUUCCAGGUUGCACACGUCCAUAUUAGCAGGCAAUCUGCUAAUAUCUGACCAAAGGUGGGGACACUGUCCUUUCCAUCACUUGCAGCUUGAAAAUCCAUCAGAUUUAGCAUGCCAGUGACUGUGUGAGCGUAGUGGAAAGACCAUGUAUGCUGCCUGGAAGAGUUCUAUGCCUGUGCGAUCACUUGAGCUUGUGCUCUUCUCCUUCAGAAGAUAAGUAUGGGUUUUCUCUGAUUUUUGAUUGAUGUUCUUAUGCUUGGAUUGCACCAUAUGAGCUUACGCCAAAGACUAUUUUAUUUUCUCUUUGACAAAAACAGUUUCAAAGUCUAAAUCAGUUUGUUGUUCUAUUCAGGUGCCUGUGACAUUCACAUUUUACUAAUACCUUGCACUUUUGGUUCAAGUGAGAGUAAGGAUUCAGUAAAGAAAUAAUGAUGUGGUCAUUCAGCUGUUUACCAGUGCUUUUCACUUCACCUUUAACUAAGGUUUAAAAUACAGAGUAAAGAAAAUUGUUUACAGCAGCUGGUGUCUGAAAUGCAAAGAAUAAAUCCAUAAGAAAAGCCUAGAUUUCUAAUUUUUAUUUUUUUUUUUUUUUUUUUUUUUUUUUUGGUGUAUCAGUCUGAAUUUAGCAACCAUGUUGUGGGGACUUGACUACUGGCAGAACUUAGGCUUCAGUUGUCUACUUGCCCCUGAAAGGUACCUCUGGAAAUCAGGGUUCGUUUUAAGUGCUGUAGUUAGCAUGCCCCUCAGUUUCUGUGCAUUUGACAACACGAGGGCAGAUUCCUUUGGGAAGGAAGUUGCCUUUUA